AUGUUAAGAGUUACAGAAAAAGGAAUGUUUGAAGUACCAAUACUGAUGUUAGAUUUAGAAAACGAUGUGUUUAAGCCUUCUUUACUUUGUAUUGUGGCAUGUGAAUUUUUCGAACGGUUCGCGUUUUCUGGAUUACGAACAAUACUUUCGUUGUAUUUGCGAAACGUUCUAUUGAUGCCAGAACAGUUGGCCACUAUAACUUACCAUCUCUUCAUGUUGGUCAGCUAUGCUUUUCCUAUAAUCGGAGCUCUUAUAGCUGAUGGCCUUCUAGGACGAUAUCGAACCAUCUUCUAUUUUAUUUUAAUUUAUUUAGCCGGAACAAUUCUGAUGUGUUUUGCAGCUACUCCGCCUAUAGGACUACAGCCAAUGUGAUUUUCCACAUCAUUCGGACUGCUUCUCAUAGCAGUUGGAACAGGUGGUAUGAAACCAUGUGUGGCUGCUUUUGGUGGUGAUCAAUAUCAAUUGCCGAAAGAAGAAGAUUUGGUGGCAGUAUUCUUUGCAUUAUUUUACUUUACCAUAAAUCUAGGAGGAUUGGCGGGCAUGAUCGUGAUCCCCAUUUUCAAAAGAAAAUUUUCUUGCUUUAAUCAGGAUACGUGUUAUACAUUAGGAUUUGGAACCACUGCGUCUUUGAUGAUGAUGUCAUUUGGAGUUUUUGUAAUGGGGAAAUUUUGGUAUAGACGAAAGACGCCUAGGACAAAAGAGAUCUUACACUUUUUCAAGUUGAUUAUAUUUGCUUUGAGGAACAGAAAUAUUCAAGAAGAAAAUCCUACAACUAUUCGAAGACAUUUUUUAGACAGAGGUCGUAGUGAGUUCAAUCAAAGUUUAAUAGAUGACGGUAAAGUGUUACUGAAAGUGUUAUAUCUUUAUCUGCCACUCCCAAUAUUUUGGGCACUUUUUGACCAACAAGGAAGCAGAUGGACAUUUCAGGCUUCACGAAUGAAUGGAAACAUUUUUGGCGUCCAGAUACAACCAGAUCAAACCCAAGUAGCCAAUCCUUUUCUUGCUUUAUUACUGAUACCAAUUUUGGAACAAAUAUAUCAUUUAUUCAUAAAGAGUGGAUUUAAUCCAAAUCCUUUGAAGAGAAUGCUGAUUGGUGGUAUUGUUGCUGGAUUGGCUUUUGUUGCUUCGGGUCUUUUAGAGAUGCGGUUGCAGUCCACGUAUCCACAAGUACCUCUACCAGGAGAAGCACGUCUGUAUGUCGUGAACACCUUGCCAUGCCCAUGUGAAAUUAUAGGAUUAGAAGACACUAUACGAUUAGAUGCCGGUGCUCGUAGAGAAUUUAACAAUUUACCAGCUAAUCCUUGGGAAGUAUACGAGGUGCGCACGUUAUUAGUUGGCGUAACCGAAGAUAAUGGACUUGCUCUAAAACUAACACAGCCUUUGGAAAUCGAUAAAGCCUUAUCAGGAAAAUCUAAAUUGAGGAUUGAAGUUUUAGUUACUUCUUCAAAACUUGUGAAUAUUACCUUAGACAUUGUAGAUACAAAUGGGGGAAAAAUUAGUUUUUCUUCAAGUCAUAUAUCGCCAGGAUUAAAGGUGUCUGGGUACACAGAAUUGCGUUCUGGUUUCUACCAUUACCGAUUGACCACUAACCAUCUAUCAUCAGGAGUAAUGGUACAAUAUGCUUCACAGGAAUUCGACAUGCGACUGGAAAUGGGUGCUGUGUAUUCUUUAAUAUUGAGAGAAACAGAUAAGGGAGAAAUAGAUUUCAAUAUGCUGCAGGCAGCCACACCUGCCAGUAAUGUCCAUAUACUGUGGAUACUUCCACAGUAUUUUCUCCUUAGUUUGGCUGAAGUUUUGUUUGCGAUUUCGGGGUUGGAAUUUAGCUUCACUCAGGCUCCCAAAUCAAUGAAAACUAUAACUCUAGGUGCUUGGUAUCUCUGUGUAGCUGCCGGUAAUUUGUUAACGAUUUGUAUAACCAAAAUGAAUAUGUUCUCGAGUCAGGCGCACGAAUUUUUCUUAUUUGCUGGUCUUCAAUUCCUGGACAUGUUGCUGUUUUGGUUUAUGUCCAGAAAUUACGUUGUCUUAGGUGUCCAAGCUGAUGGGUCAUCAUGCGCGAUGAUGUCUACCAGGUUUAUGCCGAUACAGGACUGA